AUGGCAGCUGCCAAGGCAGAGAUGCUCAUCUCACCUCUGCAGAUCUCUGACCCUUUCGGUUCUUUCCCACAUUCCCCCACCAUGGAUAACUACCCCAAACUGGAAGAGAUGAUGCUGCUCAACUCGGGGGGAUCCCAGUUCCUGGGCGCCUCCGUCCCCGAGGGCAGCGGAUUUAACUCCCCGGGGGAGGGAGCUGACAACUUCGAUCACCUGGCAGCAGAUGUAACCGGUGCUCUGUUUGUUUCAGAUGCCUUCUCAGAAAUGUCACUGAACAGUGACAAGACGGUGAUCGAGACCACCUAUGCCAACCAUACCAACAGACUGCCAUCCCUGACCUACACCGGUCGAUUCUCCUUGGAGCCUGCUCCCAACAGCAGCAACACUCUGUGGCCAGAACCUCUCUUCAGCCUGGUCAGUGGACUGGUGGGGAUGGCCAAUCCACCCACCACCUCAACUCCUUCAUCUUCUCCUUCUUCAUCUUCUUCAUCCUCCCACAGCCCUCCAUUGAGCUGCUCUGUACAGUCAAGUGACAGCAGCCCCAUCUACUCUGCAGCACCUACCUUUCCUAACUCCAGCCCAGAGCUCUUCUCUGAUCAAUCAGCACAGUCGUUUCCCAACGUUUCAACUUCUUCAAUUCAAUAUCCACCCCCUGCCUACCCUGUGACCAAGACCAGUUUCCAGGUGCCAAUGAUCCCAGACUACCUGUUUCCACAGCAACAGGGAGAUGUCAGUCUGGUGACUCCUGAUCAGAAACCCUUCCAGGCUAUAGAAACCAGAGCCCACCAGCCUUCCCUCACACCCUUGUCCACCAUUAAGGCCUUUGCUACACAGACUGUUUCCCAAGACCUCAAGACUAUCAAUAACAGUUAUCAAUCUCAGCUCAUCAAGCCAAGCAGAAUGAGGAAAUACCCCAACCGCCCAAGUAAGACCCCACCGCACGAGAGACCUUAUGCUUGCCCCGUUGAGUCUUGUGAUAGGAGGUUCUCCAGGUCUGAUGAACUGACAAGGCACAUUCGAAUCCACACUGGGCAGAAGCCCUUUCAGUGCCGCAUCUGUAUGAGGAAUUUCAGCAGGAGUGACCACUUGACAACUCAUAUUCGCACACACACAGGGGAAAAGCCAUUUGCUUGUGACAUUUGUGGUAGAAAGUUUGCCAGAAGUGAUGAGAGAAAAAGGCACACUAAAAUUCACUUGAGGCAAAAGGACAAAAAGAACGAUAAGGCAACUCCUGUCUCUGUUGCAUCUCCCAUCUCUUCCUACUCCCCAUCAGCCUCAACAUCUUACCCAUCUCCAGUGCCAACAUCCUAUUCUUCUCCUGUAUCUUCUUCCUACCCCUCACCAGUCCACAGCUCUUUCCCAUCUCCUUCAGCGGCCGUUACAUACCCCUCUGUUACCUCCACCUUCCAGGCCCAAGGUGUCACCAGCUUCUCAUCUUCAGUGGUCACCAACUCCUUCAGUUCACCAGUGUCCUCUGCACUUUCCGAUAUGUCCAUAACAUAUUCUCCAAGGACAAUUGAGAUCUGUUGA